AUGGCAUCAUGUCCUGUACUUCUCUGCAAGACCUUCUCGCAGCCUUACCAUGACGCCUUUGUCGAGCGUGGCUUUGAACCGCAUUUUCUCCAAGUUCUCGAUACAAGGUUUACCAAUGAACGAGAAUUACUUCAACUCAUUGCGGAUGGUCCACAACAAGCGGACAUAGGUGGCGUAAUCGUCACAAGUUCACGCGCAGCCGAGGCGUGGACAGCUGCAGUGCAACGGAUAAGGGAGACGGAGAAAGACAAGAGUGACAAGCAUACCGGAUCCGGUAAAGCUCUUGCCCAAUACAUCAUUGUAAACCACAAGCCGGCAUCAGACUCCGACCUGGAACAUCGCCAGCUCCUCUAUCUAACGGGGGACAAGAACCGAGAGACGAUUCCGGAGAUUCUAGGAGACAGUGGCUUCAGUCUUCGAAGACUUCAAGUCUACGAAACUGCUGCAGUGGACGAUCUUAUGAAAAGAUCCGUGGAGAAAAUGGAAGCACUAACUGCUUCUUCUCAAGAGACACCCUGGGUCGUCUUCUUCUCUCCAUCGACGGCUGAAGCAGUUCUCGACGCAAUACCAGAUUCAAGAUGUGCCUCUACAGAAUCAGAUUCGCUCUCCUUUCGAAACUCGUCCCUUCGACUAGCGAGCAUUGGAUCCACCACCCGAGAGUAUCUCAUGAGUCGAGGGCUGGCAGUCGACGCCUCCUCGGGAAAACCAUCUGCAGAUUCGCUUUCUCAGGCAAUCAGUGAAGCACGUUUAGUAACGUGA